GAGAAUAGAGUCAGAAAACAAAGCGCAAAACGUACGAGAGUCGUUCCUCCGUUCCGCCGUUUCGCCGUUCCGCCCUACCGCCGUUCUGCCGUGUCCGUUGUUCCGCCGCUCCAUUCUGCCCGUUAUCCAUCGCCCGGCUAUGUGUUUAUGAAGUGCGUGAAUGAAGUGCCACAAAACGUUGCGGAAACCGUUUGCUGGCCCAUAAAUUGGCCAGCCUGUACGGAUACGCCUGCUGUGCUUCGCAGUGGCCCAGAGUCGCUGUCAAUGCCGUUGAUAAUGCGGUUGGCGCUGGCUGUGCCAGGAGCGGAGUUCGUGCCAGGCCGUAAUUGUCACACGAACGACACUCAAUGCGAUGCCAAAAACCAAUCCAACAUUGCAACAACAAUAUAACAAAGAGCCAACCCGAAAAACAAAACAAAAAGCAGCCAACAAAAGUAUUUGCCACCAGCACCACCGGACGGACCCAAAACGGAACUGCGCGUCAUGCAACAACAGAAACAAUAACUGCCACAACAACAGAAAUUAAAUUAACUAAAAGCAGCAGCAACAGCAGCAACAGCAGCAACUACCAGCGGGAAGAGAGCGCUCGAGGCGAAGAUGGUCCUGAGCACCGAAUGGUCACAGGUGGAGGUUAUCGAUCUGAUCAACGAUGGCAACGGCCUCGGCUUCAUUCUGGUCGGUGGCCGCAGCACGGGCGUCGUGAUCAAGGCCCUGACGCCCGGCGGCGUGGCGGAGCGGGACGGACGACUGCAGCUGGGCGACCAUUUGCUGCAGAUCGGGGAGGUGAAUCUGCGCGGCUUCAGCUCGGAGCAGGUGGCCACAGUUCUUCGUCAGACCGGAGCUCAGGUGCGUCUGAUUGUGGCGCGGCCGAUAGAGCCGACUGCCAUCGACUACCAAACGCUGGCCAGUCAUGCGCCAAUUAUACCAACUAAGCUCCUCUCCGACCCGGAAGAACUGUCGCGUCAUCUCUUCCAGAAUCCCAGCUUCUCCAUUGCCGCAGCUGUUGCGGCGGCUGCGGCUGCCUCUGGAACGGGAACAGGAACUGGCACUGGCACUGGCGGCUCUGUGGAUGUGUCGAGUCUGGUGGGUCUGGUGCGGGGCGGACCAGCGGACGCGGACACCGAUCUGGCCACAGCCGAGCCCCUGGCACACCUCCAGCUGGGCGAGCUGACGGACCUCGCCGACUUCCCCCUGCCGCCCAUACCCCCGCACAUGGUUGGCAGCAGCCACAGCAGCGGAUCGAUGGACGCCAAUGGGCGGCAGUGUCCGCGCGAUCUGGACAUUGUGCCCUUCUCCAUACUCUCGCCGCCGCCGCGUCCCGCCCUGCAGCUAGCGCUGGAGCCGCGCUGGAGCACGAGGGACGGGCAGGAGGAGGAGGAGGAGGAGCGGGACGAUCAGCAUAUUGAGACUGUGAUAGCCGGCAGCAAGCUGUCGGCCGACGAAGACGACGAGAGGGACUCCGCCUCUGCCUCUGGCUCGCCCUCGUACAUGGACUCCCCGGAGACGGAGACGUACGUCGUGGAGCUGCACAAGAACGUCUACGGGCUGGGCAUUACCGUGGCCGGCUAUGUGUGCGAGGAGGAGGACCUGUCCGGCAUCUUCGUCAAGAGCAUCAUCGAGGGCAGCGCCGCCGAGACGAGCGGCCAGAUACAGAUCAACGAUCGCAUUGUCGCCGUCGACGGCCGCUCCCUGUCCGGCGUGACGAACCACCAGGCCGUGGAGCUGCUGCGCAACACGGACAUCGAGGUGCACCUGACGCUGGAGCGCUUCCUGCGCGGUCGCAAGUUCGAGCACCUGCAGGUGGCCCUCACGGAGAUGAAGGGCCGCAGCGCACCCUGCGCCGCGGACAACGACGGCGACGGACAGUCGCAGCUGUCGAUGCCGGGCUCACCCUCGAUAGCCACGCUCAGCUGGCUGCCACCCAAGUCCCUCGAUGCCGAGUCGAUAGCCACCGAGGGCGAGGCGGAGGCGGAGGCAGCCGAUGAGGAUGAGCCGCCAGAGUUGGGCGAGCUCCCAGAUCUGCCCUCGCGGGACACCGUCGAGUCGAACAUGUCGCACGUGCUGGACCGCAGCGAUCACAGCGGACCGGCGACCAAAGCGCCCAGACUGCCAGCCACCCAGACUCCGCCUCCGCCUCCGACUCUGACCAAUGGCCGGCUGACGCGGAGCAGAGGCCACGGCCUGCCAGCGGCGGCAGCGGAUGACAGUGGCAACGACACCGACGAGCAGUGUCCAGAGCCCGGGGCGGACCACGACUUGGAGCCCGAUGCCGCACAGAGUCGAACGCCCACCAAUGAGCUGGAUGCAGCGACUCCCAUAGGGGUCAAGGGUGAGUCUGUGGCUGUGGCUGUGGCUGAGGCUGUGCUCGUCGAGAAGGCGGCCAGUCCGAGCGCCGCCUCGCUGCGCGUGGCCUGGAAAAGUGAGUUUCCCGACAGUGAAAUUUUAGUUGCCGAAAUAAAUAAACUUUCAGGUCUAGGGAUCAGCCUCGAGGGCACCGUCGACGUCGAGUGCGGCAUUGAGAAGCGUCCGCAUCACUACAUACGCUCCAUACUCGAGGACGGUCCCGUCGGCCGCCAGGGCAUCCUGCGGCCCGGCGACGAGCUGCUCCAGGUCAACGAGCACAAGCUCCAGGGGCUGCGACACAUCGAUGUGGUCAAGAUCCUCAAGGAGCUGCCCGCGCGCGUUAAGCUCGUGUGUGCGCGCGGCACACGGGUGCCAUCGAUCAUCAAUACAUCGCAGAAUGCGGAGGCCUUCGAGACGCGCAGCCUGCUGCCCGGCGGCCAUCAGAGCCUGCAGAAUUUGCUCAGCAAGGCGCAGUCGGAGAGCUCCCUGUACACGUCCAGCACGGCGACGCUGACGGACGCUGCCGCAGGCACAGGAGCGGGGAAUGGCAGCCAGCAGCGCUCCAAGUCACUGGAGAACGUGUCCGGCCUGGCGCUGUGGAGCUGCGAGGUGACAGCCAUCGACAUUGAGAAGACGGAGCAGGGCUUUGGCUUCUCCAUACUCGACUACCAGGAUCCGCUCGACGCGGAGGGCAGUGUGAUUGUGAUACGCGGCCUGAUCCGCGGUGGUGCUGCGGAGGCAACCAACGAGAUAUAUCCCGGCGAUCGCCUCAUGAGCGUCGGCGAACACCUGCUCCAAGGCCUCGAGCUGGACGAGGCGGUGUCCAUACUGAAGGCCAUGCCGCCGGGCCUCACGCGCCUCGGCAUCUGUCGGCCCCUGUCCAACUCGGACAGCAACAGCAACAUAGCCUCGCCGCUGGGCGACUCGGCCAGCACAUAGUGACAGUGGCCACUCCUCGAUGGACGCCCAGAGACACGGACAUUCU